GCCGAGACCACCAAAAGGAACGUAAAGGCCGCUCAUAUCUCUACGUUGUCCUCUACUUGCGGUGGACCUUCCUCAAACACCAUGCGCCCCAAUAUCCCCGUCUUCAUCAUUGAAUUGGAAUUUGACCGACGAUGGACCUCCCAAAAGCCUCCACCAGGCUUUGAGGACCUUUGGUUUAACUUUGUCACCAAUGCCAGGAAGAACAUGGUCUGCGCUUGUACGAAUUGUGGACGAGAUCUCAGUGCCUCGAGUCUCUCAAAUAGGGUCUAUGCCUUUAUCGGGCUGGAUCCCUAUGACUUCUGGAAGAACAUAAGUUGUGAGAGACACGAGGCCUGUGCCGACGAGUUGUGCAUCACCCAACUAGCGAUGCAAGAGAUGAAGCAAAGUCAAACCCACGAGUUGCUAGAAUCAUUACGACCCUUCCUCAGCGCUUCGCCACGAGUUCACCACCUGCUCACGAUCGAAAGUCCGCCCCAUUAUUGUAGCGACAGCGGAUUAGCAGAUCUCAUCAUAGUGAAGACGCCGCCUUCUAGUUCUCUUCGCGAAGACUCUGAGGCAAUUGUCAAGCAAUUACAUGACAAGUGCACUUCGAUUACCGGCCGAAGGUUCUGUGACUGGCAACAGCAACAGUGUGGGGACUUGUAUCACUCACUUAUAGGAGCUGUCGAAGAUAAACAAGUAUAUACCAUUUGCUGGGUAUUAUACUGGACCGAAUUAAAAAGGAUGACAAGCUUUAAAGACCCGACCCAGCCAAGCGUAGCAUCAAGGGAACGCACGCUCGAUCCCUAUUGGUGGGGCAGGGAGGUGUUGGAGCCCCUCGAUGACCUAUUGACACGAGGAGCUGACGUGGCCAUGAAAACUGUUACGUUCUCCCCAGAGCCAUACAAGUGGCCAUUCCAACCCCAAGCGGAGGAUGAAUCAAGGGAAGGGAAGGGGCAUCUCGAAGAAGAAUUGGAGAGUGAGACGAAGGAAUGUCGCUUGAAGAGUCGCGUUAGAUCCUGCAACAUCCUGUAAUAGAUACGAAAGAGAAGAAUCUAGUAUUGAUAAGCG